AUGAAUGGAAUUAGAGCACUAUUUUUAUUUAAAUCAAAAGAUGUUAAUUAUGACUUGGUAUAUCAAAAAAUUUUUUUUAAUGUUGAAAUAUGUGCUAAGAGUAUACAAGAAUUGAAUUAUGUAAAUAUAUUUAAACUAAAAAAUAUUGAUGAUCUAAUUAGAGAGCAAAUAAUUAAUAAAAAAAAUCAGGAUAUAGAUACUCAUAAAGAAUACAUUGAAUUAAAUAAAACUGUGAGUUGUUAUAGUAUUCAUGUAAAGAAUAAGAUAUUAUAUCCAUUUUUAUUUAUGGAAAAGAAAAACUUACUUUUAGUAACUUUACUGUAUAUUGAUGAUUCAAAAAGUAAUAAUAUUAGUAUUAUGAAAAAUAAUACUGAUAAAUUACUUUAUUAUAAUUUUAUGGAUGAAUUUUUAAAUUAUAUAGAAACUAACUUUUUCCGAAAUAAAAGAUUUUCUAAUAUAAAAGACAAUGAAUUAUGUAAUAAUUUAAUACUACAAAAAUUUACAAAAAUUCUUGAUAUAUAUAUUUCAUCUGUUAUUCCUUAUGGUAGAUUUUAUAGAAAUAACUCUUUCUUUUUGAAUUACUUAAAAAAGGAUAUUUAUAAAUGUGAAGAUAUUUUACAGAGUAAUUUCUUUAUUUUUUAUAAUUUUUUAUUUUUAAUAAAUGAUGACAAUACUAUAUUAAAUGAAAAUAAACAGGAUACUUUAAAAAAUAAACCAGUUAUUGAAUAUAAUGAAUCAAGAAAUUUAAUAAAAAAUGAAAAUGAAAAUGAAAAUUACAUAGAAAAGAAAAAGCACAAUGAUAUAUUAUAUGUAAAUAAUAAACCAUCUUUUGUUGUUUAUAAAAAUGAUUUUAUUUCUAAUAAAAACAUGAAAUAUAAUUUUAGAAAUUUAUUAUUUACGUUUUUUACUUUAGUUAAUCAAAAUAGAAUUUUAAACAGACAAAUUUCAAAAAAUUAUUACUCUCUAUUUCUUUUAUUUUUUUAUAAUUAUUCUAUAAUGUUUGAGGAAAAUAAAAGAAUACCUAUAAUAAACAAGUUUGAUCAAAAUGAAAAUAUAAAAAUUAGUAAAGAGAACAUUCAAACAUAUGUACCCCUUUAUAUGCAUGAAAAAAACAAAGAUGAUACCCUUGUUAUAAUAAUUAAGGAAGAAUUAAAUUGUUUUGUAACAAACUUUGAAAAUGAAAAUGCAGAAUUAAAGGGUGAGAUUAUAUUAAAAAGUGACGAAGAAAAAUAUUUAGAUAUUGAUAUGAUGAUUCAGUUAGACAAUAAAUAUUGUGAUAUAUAUGCUACAGAUUUGGCAUCUAUAGAAAAAAUAGAUGGUAAUUUAAAAAUAAAAGUUUCAAGUAAAUAUCCAAGUCACAGAUUAUUGACCUAUUACUAUAGGAAUUUAAUAUGCCCAAUUAUAGGUUAUUAUAAAGUUAGAAACAUAAACGAAAAGCAAAUAGAAAUAAAUGUAAUACUACAAUGGAACAAUAAAAUACCUUAUAUAAAAACAUCAAAGAAAAAAAAUGAACAUUUUUUUUUAAAAUUUCCUUUUCCUAAUGAAAUUAUAAAUCAUAAUUUAAAAUGUGAUAUGGGAAAGAUAAAAUAUGAAAAGAAAAAUGAAAUAAAAUGGAUAUUAAAUGAUUUUGAUAAUGAACUUCCAGUAAAAUUGUUUGGAAUUAUCGAGUUUAACGGAAAUACAAUUCCAAAGAAACAGUUAGUUGCAGAAAUAAAUAUUUUUUCAAAAUCUAAUUAUUCAAAAACCAAGAUUAUUAAAAUAAAUAAGAAAUAUUCAAUUGAAUAUUUUUUUGAAUCAAAAUAUUUAAUACUUUUAUGCUCCUAA